CGCCUCUUCCCGCCCCCUCCCCCAGGGCCCCAGGAUGGAGCCGCUGCCGGAGCCCCCUCCCCGCGCGGUGGCGGCGGCGGGGCAGGAGGAGCAGGAGCUGCUGGAGCGGGCCUUCUUCUCCUGGGCCGAGUUCAGCCGCUUCUUCGACGCGUGGUGCCAGCAGCGGCUGGUGGUGUUCUCUGUCAAGAGCUCCACGCACGUGGCGCGCAGCCCCUGGGCCAGCGCGCCGCCGCUCUACCGGCUCAUCGACGUGCUCAAGUACAGCUACGUGCGGCUGGUGUGCAAGGACAUGCGCGCGCCCGGCCAGCCCGCCUUGUGGGCCCCCCAGCCCAGCUGCCCGGCCUUCAUCACCGUGAAGCUGAGCCCGCUGCGGGACCGCCUGGUGGUGUCCGAGUGCCAGCUGACCCACUCGCACCCGGCCUGCCCGCUCGACUUCGCCUACCACUUCCGCCCGGGGCACCUGCUGGCCAACGCCUGCCUGCCCGUGCGCUUCACCAACAAGAUCUCCAAGCAGUUCGUGGCCCCGGCCGACGUGCGCCGCCUGCUCUCGCAUUGCAAGGGCCCGGACCACGGCGUCCUGGACGCCCUGCGCGUGCUUGAGGGGCUCUUCCGCACCGACCCCGAGGCCAAGGUGAAGCUGGUGUUCGUGGAGGACCAGGCCAUGGUGGAGACCGUGUUCUUCCUGACGUCGCGUACCCGGGCGCUGCUGCGGCGCUUCCCGCGCAUGCUGCUGGUGGACCGGCUGCCGGGCCUGCAGGGCGCGCUGGACCUGCUGGCCGUGCUGUGCGUGGACGGCGCGGGGCGCGCGCGCCAGGCCGCCUGCUGCGUGGCGCGCCCGGGCACGCCGAGCCUGCUGCGCUUCGUGCUGGUGUCGCUGCUGCAGAGCGCGCCCGACGUCAAGGGCCGCGUGCGUUGCCUCACGGCCGGGCCCGAGGUGGCGGCGCAGCUGCGGGCCGUGCGCCAGCUGCUGCCGGGCGCGCGUGUGCAGAUCUGCCGCGCGCAGGGCCUCGAGACGCUCUUCAGCAAGGCGCAGGAGCUGGGCGGCGCGGGCCGCGAGGACCCGGGGCUGUGGCCGCGCCUGUGCCGCCUGGCCGGCGCCGCCUCGCCCGCCGCCUACGCCGAGGCGCUGGCCGAGCUGCGCGCCCACGGCCCCGACGCCUUCGUCCAGUACUUCGAGCGCAACUGGGCGCCUCGGCGCGACAUGUGGGUGCGCUUCCGCGCCUUCGAGGCGGCCCGCGACCUGGAUGCGUGCGCCCUGGUGCGUGGCCACCGCCGGCGGCUGCUGCGCCGCCUGAGCCCGUCGCGCGGCGUGGCGCAGUGUCUCCGAGACCUGGUGGCCAUGCAGUGGGCGGACGCGGCCGGGGAGGCGGCGCCCGAGGGCCCCGACAGCGGGGGCGCGUGGCUCGGGGCCGAGCCGGGGAGGGGGCCCCAGGUGGAGAAGGAGAGGGGAAGGUGGCCAAGGGGGCUGGAGACCAGGGGCUGGGGCGGGGUCCAGCUGGAACGUGAGGAGGGGCGGGGCCUGCGGGUCAGGGAUUGGAGAGGUGGGCAGCUGGGGAGCCAGAAGGGGAGGGGGCUGGAGGGGAGCGUGUGGAGAGGGUCCCAACUGGACAGAGAGCGCUUGAAAGGGCCAGAGGUCAGAGACUGGAGGGGCGGCCAGUGGGAAGGCGGACUGAAAACCAGAGGCUGGAAGGGGCCCCAGGGGGCAGUGGAGAACCACAAGGGGCUGGAGGACCUGGGCUGGAGGGGGGCGCAUCUGGAGAAGCCGCUGGGAUCGCUCCCUGAGAACGGAGACCAAAGGGCGCCCCCUGGCGGCGAUGACGGGGGACGAGCGCCGGAGGCUGCAGAGGAGAGAGGGGCGAGGUGGGCGGUGAAGAGGAGGCAGGGCCUGGAGGACGUCGUUCUGGUCCGGCUGGGGGACGCGAGGGUCGCAGCAGCGGAGGACGGAGGCGGGGUGCCCCGGUGCGUGGGCGCCCAGAGCAGGGCAAGGCAAGGGCUGGAGUGGGGGGACGCCGGAGGGCGGGGUCUGGGGCCAGGGCUUGGAGCCACGCGCGGCGCCGCGGAGCCGGGGACCCUGUUGGAAGUCGAUCCGGACGGGGCUGCUGCGGAGAGCCAGCAGGAAGGGGGCGAAGGAGAAGCCCCCCGGGAUCCCAAGAGGCUUUGCUGCCGCUCCAGAGCAGAAGAGGAAGAAGUGGACUGGGAGCCCCUGGCCAAAUUCCGAGCCGCCUGCGGGCCGGAGCUGGCAGACCUGGUGGCCGAGGAGCUGGCUUUUGCCAGGCAGCACGGGACCAGGGAUUUCCACUGGACAGGAGCUGGCUUUGCCCUAAAGGACGGCAACUCAGACUUCUUCCUGGACGGGGCCCUGACUCGCUGCAGCUGCUCCAUCCACGCGGCCCGUCACCUGCCUUGCAGACACGUCUUCGCCGCGCGCCUCCUCACCGGGGCAGCCUUGUUCCACGUGGACUUGCUCAGGGACUGCUAGGCAGAGCCCCGGAGCCCCUGCCCGCCGCCAUCCACUGCGAGGGGGGGGCGAGGCAUUCUUUGAUCCCAAAGAUAAAAGGAAAAAAAAAAAAAAGGGGCUGAGGCCACGCCCCUCUGGCCACCCCCCUGGGGUCACCCAGGGACCUCACUGUGGUCUGAGGGGAAACCGACAGUGUUUAUUAGGUCUCGGAUAAGGUGCUGCUGGCCAGGGUGGGUUGGGGGCUUCCCUCGGCAGAGGAAAUGUGGAGUCAGAGGUGCACAGAGGCGAGGA